AUGGCCGCUGACCGACCACCACGCCAUCGCCACUCGUCCUCACUCUCCCUUCUCUCACAUCCCGCCGACCGCCCCCCUCUCGACGCCCUCUUCCUCAUCGACUUCGACGUCAAGGCCGGCUACACCAUUGCCUGGAAGCGCUCCGUCCCGGGCCUCGACCUCGACGGCCACGUCGAGUACAAGUCGCUGCCCUCGGGCCUACACACCGUUUCCAAUGACCUCAUCUACUUCGUCCACGGCGCUGCCCACGCCGGCCUCAGCGCCUUUGUCAACGAGCCCUGCGACGAGGAGGACUCGCGGAAUGCCCGCAUGAUUGCCGUCGGCAUCCUCGUCCCCCUGAGCUACGGCAGGCUGGGCCGCGCUUGGAGGCAUGCCCAACACCUCGAGCAAAUGGCUGCCAAGCUCGCCAAGGACCGCAACAUGACCGACCUCCUUGAGCGCUACUGGCAGGCCAACAAGGCUUCCGACGCAGACCCCCCCGACCUCCCUCCAUCGCCUACCCUCGAGCGAGCCCCUCAUACCAGGUCCCGAUCCAUCUCCGACGGCACCGCCUUGCGCCCCUCUGAACACAGGCUCUCGCCCCAUCACCCUGCCUGGAGCUUGACCAAGCUGCUCGACAGAUUCGGGCCCCUCAUCUUCCCCAUCCAUCGCGCCGCUUUGCUGAGGAGACGCAUCUUGAUAUCCUGCCACGCCCCCGUCCGUGAAAUCUGCGACUUCGUCUAUGACAUUUCGGUCCUCUCCAACAUUCCCCUCUCCGUGUCCGAUGUACUACCGCCCUCCUCACCCACCCCUCGCCUGCGGCCUCUCUUCACCAUCGGCGUCCACGACAUCCCCUUUCUUGUGCAAGACUUGGAGGCGGCCCGACGCAAAGAUGAGAGCCCGGAGGAGCUCGAUGGCGGCCCUGGCUCUGGCUGGAUCGCCUGCACCACCGACAGUAUCCUGGCAAUGAAGGACACCCUGUGGGACAUGCUCAUCACCAUGCCGCCCGACCAUCCCUCGGGCCCAAGUGAAAAUGCGUGGCCCGUCGUCGAAUGUCCCCGGGGCAGCCCCAUCAAGGCCACCCAGCGUGACCUGCGCCGCUUCAACUCCCUCCGCAGCGGCCUCGCCUGCCUUGCCGCCCCCACCGCCGACGCCGCCUCCGACUCUCCCCAAUCCCCUGCGUCGGCGCGCCGCUCAUCGACGAGCCACCGCCUGGUUAGCGACGAGGCCCCGGACCAGCUUGUCGAGCCCCCGAGCUGGGCCGCCCUCGCCUACAACGGCUACAUGUGGUGGGCCAGCGCGGGCGAGCAGCUUCGCUCCGAGGAACAGGAGGAGUCGUCGCGCGAUGCCGCCCUCCUGGCCAACCUGGCCCCCGCGCCCCACACCCCCAUGUCCAUGCCCCGGCUCUCGUCAGGCUCCGACCUCCUCGCCGACUCCGUCACCUCCUUUGCCGGCCGCCGCCCGGCAGAGUCCGACGAGGCUCGCGUCGAGCUCGCCGUCAUUGCCUACUUCCAUCGCCUCACCAAGCAGAUGCUCUCCGUUCUCGCCGACGUCGUCGACAGCGCCGAGGGCUCUUACCCGGGGCAGUACCGCGACGACGACGACGGCACCGAGGAGGACGAGGCCGAGGCGCUGCUCGACAACGGCAUCGGCGAGGGGCCCGGCGCAGACGACGCCAUAGCCAUCGACAGCCGCUGCGUCGAGAACAUGGGCCUCGACGUCUGGAGCGCCGCCGACGCCGUCUUUAUCCAGGACCUCGUGGCCGCGUACUUUGGCCGCUCGGCGCGCGUCGAGGCCAAGGGGGUCGAGGUGUGUGGCGUGAGGGUCUGCUGA